CAUGCCUCUUAUCUUCUUUUUUUCUUCUUCUUCAAUUUCCUCUUGAAUCAUAUUCCUUGACUACGUCUUCUUUGUUUGAAGAGAUUUUCCAUAAUUGGGGGUUGAGAUUCUUCAAUUCGUCGCUGGAGGGGGUUUUCCAGCGCAGUGAGCUAAGAAAUGGCGUGCAUUUAUGGCAGUUCAGUUUCAUCGCUCUCUCUGAAAUUGAAUUUGACCUCUCUCUCAAAUCACAAGCCUAGAUUCGUUUGUUCCUCGGGAGCAGCUGUGGCGGAACCGAAAGCUGUAACAGCUACAGAGCCUUUGUUGCUUAAUGCAGUACGAGGAAAAGAGGUGGAGAGGCCGCCGGUUUGGCUUAUGAGACAAGCAGGGAGGUACAUGAAGAGUUACCAAAUCCUAUGUGAGAAGCAUCCAUCCUUCCGUGAACGGUCAGAAAAUGUAGAUCUUGUGGUGGAGAUCUCUCUUCAACCUUGGAAAGUCUUUAAACCGGACGGGGUCAUCUUGUUUUCCGAUAUUCUUACCCCAUUGUCCGGCAUGAACAUACCUUUUGACAUUGUGAAAGGUAAGGGUCCUAUCAUAUUCGAUCCAAUUCGCACAGCUGCUGAUGUUGAGAAAGUGAUAGAAUUCACUCCUCAAGAAUCGGUCCCUUAUGUUGGGGAGGCAUUAACGAUCUUGCGCAAAGAGGUAAACAAUGAAGCCGCUGUCCUUGGGUUCGUCGGGGCCCCAUUCACCCUGGCGUCAUACGUCGUCGAAGGAGGUUCCUCAAAGCACUUCUCUAAAAUAAAGAAACUAGCUUUCUCAGAGCCAAAGGUCCUUCACGCGCUACUUCAAAAGUUUGCAACGUCGAUGGGCAAGUACAUCCAAUACCAAGCCGACAAGGGAGCUCAAGCCGUUCAGAUUUUUGAUUCAUGGGCCACUGAACUCAGCCCUGUGGACUUUGAAGAGUUUAGUCUUCCCUACUUGAAACUAAUAGUGGACAUGGUUAAACGAACCCAUCCCGACCUCCCACUGAUACUCUACGCCAGCGGGUCCGGUGGCCUGAUAGAGAGACUACCAUUGACGGGGGUAGAUGUGGUUAGCCUGGACUGGACGGUGGACAUGGGUGAAGGGAGACGAAGGCUCGGCCCUGAUAUGGCGGUCCAAGGUAAUGUGGACCCCGGCGUGCUGUUCGGGUCGAAAGAGUUUAUUACGGACCGGAUUAAGGACACGGUGAGGAAAGCCGGGAAGGGUAAGCAUAUAUUGAAUCUUGGACAUGGCAUUGUUGUGGGCACUCCUGAGGAAAAUGUUGCCCAUUUCUUUGAGGUUGCUAAGAGCCUUAGGUAUUGAUUGGAAAUGGAGUGUGUGUUGAGAGGUAAGAGGAUUCCUUCAUUGUUUUGAGGUGAGCCUCAAGAUAAAAGGGAGAGUUUUUUUGUAUGGUUUUGGGACCAUUUAAGGUUGUAAUUUAUGCACUAGUUAUAGCUAUGGAUUUUGUGUUUUUUUCACUUAGAUCACCAUGUUAGAUGUUGUAGUGAUCAAUAUAAUUGCUCUGA